GCAGGCUUGGGAAUUGUUGUCCACACUCUCAUCAUCUCUCUCUCUCUCUCGUUCUUAUCUUCACUGUUUCAUCUUUUCAUUCGGAUUAAAUUAAAAAAAUAUAUAUUAUUUUUUCCUACCAUAAUUUAUACUCUUAACUCUCAUGAAUUAUUGGUCUCUAGAAUAGUUUAUAAGUAACAAUCUAAUUGUACGGAUGUCUCUUGUGAUGCCGAAGGAUUGAGAAAUAAAUAAAAUAGAGGGAAUAUGAAUUUUGAGGAGCAAGAAGAAGAUAUGGAGAUGUCGGGUGCUAAUCCCCCCGGUGGUUACGACUCUCUGAGCGGCGAGGGAGCUACGUCGAGCGGCGGCGGAGGAGGAGGAGGAAGGAACAAAGGGCUCGGAGGGAAGACGAGGUAUAGAGAGUGCUUGAAAAACCAUGCCGUGAACAUAGGAGGCCACGCCGUGGACGGAUGCUGCGAGUUCAUGCCUUCCGGUGAAGAUGGUACGCUCGACGCUCUCAAGUGUGCAGCUUGUGGCUGCCACCGCAACUUCCACCGCAAGGAAACUGAAAUCAUCGGCGGCAGGGCCAAUAGAGUUCCCACGUACUACAACCGCCCUCCACAGCCGCAUCCGCCUCCUGGAUAUCUUCAUCUAGCAUCUCCCGUGGGAACAGGGCAGCCUUAUAGGCCACCCGUGGGAUCGGCGGACGAGGAAGAUACAUCGAAUCCGAGCAGCAGCGGCGGGACCACCGCAAAGAGGUUUAGAACGAAGUUCACUGCGGAGCAGAAGGAGAAGAUGUUAGCCUUUGCGGAGAGGUUGGGGUGGCGAAUUCAGAAGCACGAUGACGUAGCUGUUGAGCAGUUCUGUGCGGAGACUGGUGUUAGGAGACAAGUGCUUAAAAUUUGGAUGCAUAACAACAAAAACUCUCUUGCUCACAACGUCUCUUAUAAUAUAAAGAAGGAUAUACUACCAACAGGUUGUGAAAUGACACUUAUAUUGAUUUGGUUGGCAUUAUGCGACAGGAGUCGUGGCCCUCCCUAUAUGUAAACAACCUUUCAACUUUGUACCCACCAAUUUACUUGUACCAUAGCUGCAGAGAUUUGAAGUCCAACAAGUUGUUGGCAUUGCCUAGAUCUAGAUCGUUAGUCCAUUACCAUCUCAUACUGAGACAGUCUCUGUAAAAG